AUGACUGGAACAGAGUCUGGUCGGUUCGCACCCAAGGUGCCCGUUCAGCUGGAUCCACCAAAGGACGACCUCAUCGCCCCAGAGGAGCUGGCAAAGUGUAACGGCACUGAUCCCAGCCGCCCUACCUAUGUCGCCAUCAAGGGAAUUGUUUUUGAUGUGAGUCGCAACUCUGCCUAUGGUCCCGAGGGGCAGUACAAGGUGUUUGCUGGCAAAGAUGCGUCCCGCGCCCUGGCCUGCUCGUCCUUGAAGCCUGAAGACUGCAAACCCGAUUGGUACGACCUCCCGGACAAGGACAAGAAGGUGCUGGAUGAAUGGUUCACAUUCUUCAGCAAGCGGUACAACAUUGUGGGAAAGGUAAAGGAUGCGACGAACUACUGA